AUGCUAGCCAUUUGUCGAGCUCACAAACAUUCCAAUUCCACUAGGCUAACUUUUUUAGCAUCACGAUUCCACACUUCGUCUAUUUUAUCCAAAUCCAAUAGAAACAUUGCUUUUGUAUUUGACAUUGAUGGAGUUUUAAUCCGAGGCAAGAAACCAAUCCCUCAAGCUAAACCAGCUUUAGAACUACUCAAUUGGGAAAAAAUACCUUAUAUAUUAAUGACCAAUGGUGGCGGUGUUCUGGAAUCUCAAAAAGCUGAAGAAGUCACCCAUAUUACCGGAGGACCCGAUAUAUCACCAUUGCAAGUGGUGCAAAGUCAUACACCAAUGAAGGCUUUGGUGCAAGAUCCAGAUUUCAAUCGGGUUUUGGUUGUUGGCGGUAACGGGGAUAAUGCGAGGAAAGUAGCUGAGCAGUAUGGGUUUAAUGAUGUGAUUAUGCCUAUUGAUAUUGUAAAGGCUAAUAAAUCAGUAUCACCACAUGCAAUGUUUACCAAGCGUGAUUUCGAUGAAUAUUCAAUUGACAUAGAUUUGGAUAAGCCUAUAGAUGCAAUCUUGGUGUUUAACGAUCCUCGUGAUAUGUCAACCGAUGUUCAAAUUGUUCAAGAUUUACUCAAUUCAAACCAGGGUCUAAUUGGUACUAAGCGUAGUUUGAAAUAUAUUGAAGAUAAAACCAAGCCAUCAAUCCCCAUUAUUUUCAGUAACAAUGAUUACAUCUAUGCCAAUGACUUCCCCUUACCUAGAUUUGGUCAAGGUGCAUUUAGGAUUAUAACUGAAACAUUAUACAAUACAACCAAUAAAUUAUCACCCCCAAAGAACCUAGAGUCAUUGAUCAUGGGAAAACCAUUCAAAUUACAAUAUGAUUUUGCUCACCAUGUUUUGAUUGAUUGGAGAGAGAAGUUGAUAUCACAGAAAUUUGACGCGAAGCAAGUACUUCCUUUACUUGGUUCAGUUCCACUGGAAUCUCCAUUUACUGAUAUAUAUAUGGUAGGUGAUAACCCUGACUCCGACAUCAAGGGGGCCAAUGAUAAUGGUUGGCAGUCGAUAUUGUUAAGAACUGGUGUUUUCCAGGAUGAGGAUUAUGAUAGCAUUAUCGCCAAACCCACAGUUGGGGUUUUUGACAAUGUUGAGGAAGCAGUGAAGCACGUAUUGCGUAAGCAUGAUAUACCUAUAGAUUAG